UGUACCUACCUGGGGUGUUAUUGCGUAUAAGGUUACAUUCAUACCACCUUUUCUUUGCUGCACAGCUGAUUACCGCAUACCCAGGUUGCUAUGUCGCAGGUCCAUGUUGAUAUCGAUAGCUUCCAGGUACAUGUGUACACGUACCUAUGUACCUAUGUAUGCAGCAUUAUCAAUCGGACGGAGGGCAUCGCGUGGUCCUAUUUUGUGUACAAUUUGUAUCUUCCCGACCCCCUGGCUGUGUACAUUAUUAUGUAUGUAUGUACUUACUCAAGCAUGUACAUGUAAUGGAAGGUGCCGGCAUGCCCAUUCAUUCGUCUUCCCAAUCCAGUCAACAUUUCCCUGGACUGCUCACACCAUUCGUCGCCGGUAUUUGAUUUGGGCGGUGGUUGGAUACAAGGUAUUGGCGGUCGACACAGAGGUACAUGAAAUGAUGGUAGCUAGUACGUGUUUCAUAAGCAAGGCUUGCCAGCACGGCAGGUCGCCACGACAUGCAGCCAGUUGAGUAUAGAGCCAAUUUUUCUUGAUGAAUAAAACAACAAAUAAAAAACUCCGCUCUGUGAGUAUACAUGUAUGUGUGGGGAUGGACGAGCCAUAUGUACACCAUGUCGUCGCAAUCGUGCCAUGCUCUCACCAGCUAUAGUGUAUCAUCAUCAUCAUCAUCAUCAUCAUCAUCAUCAUCAUCACCACCAUCAUCAUCACCACCGCGAACAGUACCUCGGACCCUUACCUCUGGCCUCGCUGCUUUACCGCUGCCGCCAGCACUAGCCCGCUAGCCAGCUGCUAGUCGCCCUGCUGGACCGGUGUAGUUGAGAAGUUGGAUACCGGUGCGCCGAGCAACCCUGCCCUGCCUGACUACUGACUGAAGCACACGCCGCCGAUACAGGCUUUGUGCCGCCCGAUCAAAUUUUCGCCCACCACCAGCCAGCGUACAGGUGCUUCAUCAAUCUUUUCCUCUCCGCCACCAUUGCUCACUACUGCCCGCCUGCCAUCCCAUCCUCUCUUUCCCUGCAGCCCCAUCUAGCACCUGCCCACUGAUUUUUUUUUCUUCUUCUCUCUUUUCCUCCUCGCUCAUCUCCUUCGCUGCGCGCCCCCGGUCUGCUCGCCAUCUGCUCGCAGUACUACUACUACCGCCCUCUCCACCACGGUUACAUUGCCUUUCCUUUCGCUCUCGACUCCACCACCCUUCCCGCCAACUGGUGUCGAUUGUACCUGACGCCAGACUUCUGCCGCGUGCUGCGACAUCCCACUACUGCUCCACUUGUCUGUUCGGCUGCUGAGGCUCAAAGUGGAUCUGCAUCUGCCCAGCCGUACAACAAACUCGGUCGAUAGCAUCCGCCGAUUAUCACCCAUCCCAUCACCCAUCCGCCAAACCCACCCUCCUCUCCUCUCCACCCACCCACCAGCCCACCCACCUCCCCUCUGUACCACCCUUCUCCUUCUCCUCCUCCUCCACCACCACCACGCUCAGGCCGCGAGCUGGGGCUCCAGUCAACGUCUCUUCACCCUCGCCAUCCUCCACAUUCACCCCGUUGUGCGCACCGUCAAAGCUCCAGGUCAAGACUUCCGAAAUCUCGUCUCUGCUCAAACACCCGCCAACAGCCUCCAUUUCUGCAGACCCACCCUACCACCCGGCUCCGCAAAGCUUCUUCGCUGCUCAUCGCUAGCCACGCCAACCCCUCAGUCCCGUAUACUACACGUCUGUGUAGCCGACUCGACUGUUUGACCCGUUGCCUACUGCUGCUGCUGUCGCUGCUGCUGCUGCUGAACCUUGCUCCCCCCAAGCUUUCGUCCGUCGAAUGAUUGAGUGCCUGCAACUGUUACCGGUCGCGCCUUCCUCUAUACCUUCCGUCAUACCUUCUGUGAUAUAGACGAAUAUCAUGGACGAUCGAUUUCGCCAGUCAGGUCUGCCUACCCCCAACGGAGGCCAGUACCAACACGCGUACAAUACUUCGCAAAACCAAUUGCCGACCCUGCCUCCUCUGCAUGGAUCCAAUGCGCAGUACCCCUCCAUGUACGCUCAGCAUAGCAACCCGCAGACGCCAAUAACACCCCACACGCCUGUGUCCAGACCUGCAGGUAUGCCCAAUGGCCUACAAGACGUGAGGUUGGGCGGAUUGGGUAUGACCCCCCACUCGCAGCUCUACCCCCACCCGCCAGUGCUUGCCAACCAGGAGCCUGAUCCUGUCCUUCAUGUAGUAGGUCAACAAGGACGUCGUGGCAUCUUGCCCACAGUCCCUGGUCGGCCCACGCCUGCUGCAGGCAAGGCUGUUACCAACAUGAACAAGAACGCCGAAGGCAAAUACGAGUGCCCCCACUGCAACAAGACGUAUCUUCACCUGAAGCAUCUCAAGCGCCAUCUCUUGCGACACACCGGCGAGCGGCCUUACCAGUGCCAUUUGUGCAAGGAUACCUUCUCUCGUAGCGAUAUCCUCAAGCGCCAUUUCCAAAAGUGCUCAAUACGACGAGGAAAUCCCACUGGUGCGAGCCACCUUCAAAACGCGCAGUCACACUUGCAAAAGAACCGACAGCCGAGCAGUGCGGAAGCCAAUUCGUACCUCAGUCACAUUGGUACCUCCAUGCCUUACUCGGAAUCGGGUUACGGUAACACGACGCUUAGCGGCAUGCAGCAAAUGCCUCCUAUGCCUACUGACGCGUACGGUGACGGCUUGCCUUCCAUGAACUCUCACCAGUCCAUGUCUGCGCGCACGUCGCGUUCCAAUAGCCUCAUCCGCCCUGGAAGUGGCUUGGAAGACAACCGGAGGAGCAUGUCGGCGCUUGAACUAAGCAACAACAACCGCAUGAACUUCAAUGAUUUCCGAGGAGCAAAUGGUAUACCUAAUCACAUGACGCAUGAUGUGAACUCGUAUGGAUCGCAGCAGAAUCACUCUCCUGCCUCCGCGUCCAACGGUGCGUAUCAAAAUGGAUACGAUGGCGCAAUGUCUCACUCCGAGAUGGCCCAGAACAACAUGCCGAUUAAAUCGGAGGAGAGCAACUCAAACGCUUAUGGUCGCCCCACCCUGCCAAAUGUUGAUGGCAUCUCCAACGGACAGGAUAGUUCCGUGCGAUGGAGUGGUCCGUUCAACGGCGAGCCGCAAGAUAACUUUCUCAUGUCUUCCAGUAUGGCCUCGGACGAACCUUCCGUCGACACGAUGUUUAGUGGGGUAUACUCGAACGCUACUGGAUUUUCUACGGCAACUUCCUUCCUCGACAAUUGGGUUCAGGGCCCUUCUGAUCCCUUUGAUAGAAAAGCUGAUGGGUUAUUGGCGUUUUGCUGGCCGAAUUCUUCUUUGCGCUCCCCAGGAUCAACUGACACACCUGGCUAUGAAUUUGUCAAAGGGCUGUUGUCCGCUGACAACAUCAAACACUUUUUGGGGCUGUACAAGCAUUAUCACGCUCAUUGGCCAUUGAUCCAUAUGUCCUUUAAUCCCAUCACCGCCUAUGACGGGCUGGUCCUGUCCAUGAUCUGUAUUGGUGCAGUGUACUCUGACCGGUUGGGCUUACGGGAGGUACGGUGGCUGAUGGAUCUGAUAAGAGCAUCUUUGUUCAGGUCUUCUCGCGUCUACAAAACGAUCGUCGGUGACAACCGUGGAAACCUUGAUUCGGACAUGCAAUCCUCCACCGACACGGAGGAGAUCCAAGCUCUGGUGCAUGUACACUCUUUGUUUGUCUGGCACGGAUCGCCGAAGCAGCGCGAACAAGGUCUUGAGCAAUUUUCGAUCCUUGCAAGCGUUGCGCGUCAAUUCGGUCUCCUAAAUCCCCUUCCACGCGGAAACCACGACGUCAGCUCUCUUCACCAACCCGGACCUAUACGAGGUAACGAGGCCAACUCGUGGACAUGGCACUCCUGGAUCGAGCAAGAAAGUAGGGCCCGAGUUAUGUACAUGAUCUUCUUGAUGGACGUUGCUCUUGCAAUCUAUUUCAACGUUCAACCACGUCUAGACGCCUUCGACAUCAAGCUUCCGCUUCCUGCCGACGAUGCGGCUUGGGAAGCCAGGACAGAAGAUGAUUGCGCCAACGCGCUUGGCCUCAGAGGACAAGCUGCACAGGACAAGAACGAUGCUGGGAGCCGUCGACCUAAGCAAUUAGGGUUCGCUGAGACGCUCCAGUAUCUGUACCAGAGCGAAAAUCUUCCGCAGCGAGCCACCAAUAUUUAUUCCAAGUUUGUCCUCAUACACGCCAUACACGCUCAGAUUUUCAAAAUUCAACGCCAGAUGCUCAAUAUUAAUGGAAUGCCCGGGUUUUCCAAUAGCGGGACAAGCACUCCUCAAUCUCAAAACGACUGGGGAUCCGCUGAUGGAAGUAGCGGGCAUGUAACGCCAAUCGAGGGCACCAAUUCGCAGAUAACACAUACCCAUCAAUUGCUUCGUUCAACCAUGGUUGCUCUCGAAUCAUGGAAGCGUAAUUGGGAUGCAGACAUGCAAAUCCAGUAUGCAUCCAACCAAAAGCGAAUUGGUUUCUGUCGCGAUGGUAUCCAUUUCUACUACCUAGCCAAGUUUUUCCUACGUGGCUCUCGUCGCGAAGAUUGGGCUGCUCAGCCCGAUGCCCGGUGUCAACAAGUUUUUCAUGUGUUGAAGCAAAUCCGAGCGCACGUUGCUUCUGAUUCAGCUUCGAAGGGCGUCGACUUCGGUAGCGUCACCACCGUCGACGACAAGUAUGGCGAUCUUUGUCUUGACAUGAAGCUCCUUUUCACACCCAUCUCCACGACUACUGCCUAA